UCUCAUGAAAAUUCCUGCGCGCCCAGAUGAAGCAAAGCCCCUUUCGCACCUGACGUCAUCGGCCAGGGACGAAAGCUUUUUUUUAGUGCGCAUGCUCUGUGUUUGCCCGCGGGCAGGCGCGAGAGGGGCUGCUGCGAUGCUCCGGCUUUGCGCGUCGCUGCCGCGUCGGGGAGUCGCUUGGCGGGUGAGGCGGCGGGGCGCGCGCGAGGGAGCUGCGGGGCUCCGGGGAAGCGGGGGCCUCCCCCCCCCCGCCUCCGGAAAGCCACUCAGGCGGGAGCGCGCUCGGGCGGCUGGAAAUGAAAUAAGGGUUGUACUUGGCGAGCGGCUUGAGGCUGGACUUCGGCUGGCGCUGCUGUCAAUAUUUGGGGAUAGAAACGAGCCGGGGCCCCAACUGGAAUAAAAUAUGGCGGGGGAGGCUGGCAUGGGCCUAGGCCGGAUUUUUUUGGGCGGGGAGAACCUCAGUUAAGUAUUUUUUAUUGAAUUAGGGGGGCAUCUACCCCCCUUGGCUACCCCCAUGGGCCCUGGUAAGCCUCACGCCACAUAAUCACAAGACGCUGUGCCUGCACACCAUUGGAAUGGCAUGCCCAUGGCUAUGGAAACGAGGAAAUAAAAUUGAAGACGCUAUUGAUUUUUUUAUUCAUGGCAGCACGUACUACCAUGGUUCAGAAGUAGAAGGCAGCAUUGGAGAGGGCUGGUAGGGUUAAGCCAGAAGCCUUUGGGGUGUUUUGGAGAGAUCUUAUUGAAUAUGUGAACAGGGCAAAGCUGCUACACUCCUUGACAGGCUUCACAGACAUAUGUAAUAUGUGAAGAUAGUAUUACUUUUGUAGUUAUAUCAAUAUUUUAAGUAUCCCCAUUUUUCCUUCUUUUCAGCUCAUUCCCUAUCUUUGUAUUUGUUCUGUGAAGCAUAAGAUACACUAGCCACUUACAUUAUUUAUGUCUAUUGUGCAUCAAAAUGUGAUUCACCAUCCCCCAUUAUGUUUGCUUUAUUGGUUUCUAAACUAUGUGCAACAAACUAUGUUAACAAAGAGUGUUUGAAAAAAAAACAUGUUAGUGUUGAUCACCACAUAUCACAGCAGCAAGUUCAUUAUUUUUGUGUGAAAAGGGAGUUUCUUUGCCUUGUCUUGAAUCUUACUUUUUAUAUUCAGUCAGUUGUUCUCCAUACAUGUGAAUAUAGCCACAGAGGGAACAAGAACAAGGUGAAGCCCUGUGCAGAUGUACUUGCAGCUGUGUAAAGAAGUGCAUAGUGCUGUCUUUUAGAAUUUUCUGAGUCUUCACUUGAUUGCACAGCACAUCCACCUGCUAUGCAAACCCAAUCCACUCCAGUCCUGAGAUACCCAAAGCAUCCUUGAUGUCUGUGGGGACUACGCAUCAAAAGCAUUUUCGGAGAUCCAACAUAUGAGGCAGAGAGAGCUUUCAUGACAGGGAGUGCUAUCUUUUUUGCACUGUGCCACUAAAAGGAGUUUAGGGCAAAGUCAUAACAUUUUGACAGUAUGGUGAGCACAUGUAUCGAAAAGCAUCAAUGUAUUGUCACUCAUUUUUAUAUACAGCAUCACAAGUGAACUUUACAAAGCAACAUAAGCAAAAGAAAAGGAGAAAUAAGGAAAAAUGUCAGGCCUCUGCCUCAGUGAGCAUAUAUGUACAUUUCAGUAGUGUGGGGGUGUUAAAGAGGAAGGAUGAUGGUAAGGAUAAUGGGAUUAAUAUGAUAAAAAAAAGUUAUGCAUUCCUUAGUUACAGCCUAAUCCCUAUGCAUCAGUUUAGUGGAAUUACACUGUGGUAAACAUCUGCAAGGCUAGCCUUUUUCUGUAUUUCAUUAGGACUGUGAAGGUGCACAGUGAAAAGUACAGGUUAUCUCAAAUGACCCCAUGGGAAAACUGGAUUUGGGGCUAAGUUGAGAGAGGUGGCACCAGGUUGGCAUUCUGUCUAAAGAUCCAAGCAUAAGCCAUCUCCGUGAUAAAUGAGCAGCCAUUUACAGGAGCUAUCUUGAUUGAGCUGUCGGUACCUUCAGAUAUCUUACUCCAUUUUUAUUUCUUCCCCUAGCCUUUGUGUACAUUAUCGAACCAGACAGGAUUUCUAGGCAACCCUGGUGUUUCAGCUAGUGUGACGGAUGUAGCUUCAUUAAAAGGUAAGGCCUUUUCAUGACUAGAACAGACUUGUUGCCUCUAGAUGUUGCAGGGCAUCCAGAUUCCAUCGAUUGCAUGGCCAAUUGUCAGGCGCAGUGAGAAUUGUUGGCAGAACAUUAGAACUUCCUCACUGGGGAAUGGUUGUAAUCCUUUACACACUUGAGAGUGAGUCCCAUUGAACUCAGUGGAGCUUACUUCUGAUGCGACAUGUAUAAACUUGUACUGUUAGUUAUCAAGUGUGCUAGAAAUGCCUGAUCCAUAACAGUGAUGUGAGGUGGAAAACAUUCCAUUUUUAGAAAUGCAUCAUUUAAUACAAGUAAUUAGCAGCAUACUGAAUGGAUCUACUAGCAGUCAAAGAUAAAAUAAAUAUUGUCAUUUUUUUUCACAUGAGUACCCCAUGGAAAGUACAUGCAUUUAUGUAUUCAGCUCUUUGAGCAUGCUAGAGUUAAUAUGGUAACUGUCCUGAGUGCAUUCACUUUUUAAAUUUAAACAGUGUAAGGGAAAUGCAUGCUAUACGUUGUUCAGCGUCUUUGUAAAUGACUUGGAUGAAGGAAUUGAAGGGAUGCUCAUCAAAUUUGCAAACAACACCAAACUGGAAAGGGUAGCAGAAGACAAAAUCAGAAUUCAAAAUGAUCUUAACAGAUUGGAGAACUGGGUACAAGCUAACAAAAUGAAUUUCAGUAGGGACAAAUGUAAGGUUCUGCACUUAGGCAGCAAGAACCAGAUGCACAAAUAUAGGAUGGAGGACACCUGGCUUACUAGCAGUACAUGUGAAAAGGAUCAUGGGGUCUUGGUGGACCACAAGCUUAACACGAGUCAUCAGUGUGAUGUAGUAGCAAAAAAGCUAAUGCUAUUUUAAGCUGCGUCAGUAGUCCAGAUCAAGGGAAGUAAUAGUAUCACUCUAUUCUGACUUAGUCAGAUCACACUUGGAAUACUGUGUCCAAAUCUGCACACCACAAUUUAAGAAGGAUUUUGACAAGCUGGAACAUGUGCAGAGGAGGGCGACCAAGAUGAUCGAUGGUCUGGUAACUAAGCCUUAUGAAGAGUGCUUGAAGGAGCUGGGUAUGUUUAGCCUGGUGAAGAGGAGACUGAGAGAAGAUAUGAUAGUCAUCUUCAUAUAUCUUAAGGGCUGUCACAUGGGGGAGGGAGCAAGCUUGUUUUCUGCUCUGGAGCGUAGAACUCGAACAAAUGGCUUCAAGUUGCAAGAAAGGAGAUUCCAGUUAAACAUUCGGAAAAACUUUCUGUCGGUAAGGGCUGUUCAGCUGUGGAACAGACUCUCACGAGAGGUGGUGGACUCUCCUCCCUUGGAGAUUUUUAAACAGAGGUUGGAUGACCAUCUGUCAUGGAUGCUUUAGUUGAGAUUCCUGCAUUGCAGAGUGUUGGACUAGAUGACCCUUGGGGUCCCUUCCAACUCUACAAUUCUAUCAAGUUGUCGUGUCUUAAAAAUAUUCACAAUUAUUUCAGUAAGAAUAAUUUCCAAGUAAAGUUUUGAAUUUAACUAUAAAAUUAAAAUUGCAUUGUAUUUUAUUGAUUUCUUCAUUUAAUCAAAUGUUUCUGGCUAUUGAAACUAACUUUUGUUGCACCCCGAAAGUAAUAUGGUGUGGUUUUAUUUAUUUUUUUACUAAAUAUGAGUCAAACAUAAAUAAGAACACCAUCAAUUUAGGGUAGUAGAUUUUUUUCUUAUUCAAAAUCUUCCAGUAAACAGAUAUCACUGCUACAUACUAUGAUUAAGAAUGGAAUAAAUUUUUGAAAGAGAAUCAAUCCCAGUUGCGUGUGCACCUGUAGUUCUCAACCCAUUGCUUCUGAGGAAGUUGGCGAUUUCAGGCGAUAUCAUUAGAGUAAUCUGCAAGUAACAACUUUACACGCUCUAAAAUGCUUAAAAUGUGGCUGACAAACUUGGAAGGGAUUGCCUACCUAAACAUUUAGUGCAGAUAUCUAGAAGUUUGAAACAGUAUUUUCAGUCCAGUUAUGUCCUAAAAGAGAUCUGAUGAUAGCACCUAGCCAUUUCAAAUAUUUUUCUAGUCAUGGUUUGAAAUAGAAUCAAUCUUAAUACAGGCUUUUAAAGAGUCACCUGGCAUUUCCUCUAGGCAUACAAUUAAGAAAGCAUUUGUAAAUUGGGUAAGAUGUUACCUUUCUUCUUUGCAAUAAUGAGUCCCAAAUAAAUAAAACAGGAAUGUGUGCAUAUGGCCUUGUAAAAAUGUAUAUGGAGUAAUGCUUUUGUGAAUUUACUUUUAAGUUUCAAAGAAAUUCUUUCAGGCAAGAUUGCCCGAAAUCACACCUGCACAUAUCCCCCCCCGCCCCCGCGCCUUGUUUCCUUCUAGAAAAGUGUCCUGCCGUCGUCUCUAGUGAGCCCAUCCUACGGAAAUGCAGCAUUCCCAUCCCCAAACACCUUGCACCUGUUCAGGCCUGGGUAGAGUCCCUGAAGCAUUAUGAGGCCAGGCACGUGGGCUUGACAGAUUUGCAUCCUGAUGUGUUUGCAGUAAUGCCCCGGUAAGAAUUGAUUACCAGUUACUAGGCAUUUGCAGAGAUGGGCUGGAAGUGACCAUCAGUCGUCAAAAAAUGGGUGUGGGGAUUUCUCAUAAAGCAUUUCAUGCAUCAAGGAAUGGUGGUGAAGGUUGGGGAUAGGUAACAGAAAAGAGAUAUGGAGUAUUGGUUACGAUACAUAAAAGGCUGACAUGCAGAUCUUAAGUUUCAGGAACCAUAUUCAGUUGAGCACCUGGCAAUCCUAUAGACCAGGCUGGGCCUGUCCAUAUGUGCCAUAGGGUUAAGAUGCCUUGAAUAGUUCCUGAAAUUUGGCGCUGUCAUUUCAGGAGUUUGGGCUUUUCAGUUUGUUCUUACAGGCAACUCCCAAUUUGUGUGGGGGUUGCUUUUCGGGUCAUUGCACUCUUGCAUGCAAUUGCAUGCAAUUGAAACACCCCUCUCUGCCCCUGCUCCUGUUCUGCCCUUUUAGUGGCGUCUUUGAUGAUAUUUCUGGGUUUGCCACUGUGCGCAUGUGUGUGAUUGCACACAUAUCAGUCGUGCCUAAAAUGUGAGUUGCCUGUAUUAGCUAAGCUGGUUAGGGAGCAUUUAACACCAAAACAGAAGUUGAAAUCUUACUUCCUCAUGACUUUCCUAGGCCAGGUUUCAAUUGGUAUCCUCCACCUCCAGCUGUAUCUUCUCCCUUGGAUAAAAUGGAGGCUUCAGUUACUGUGGCAAAAGGGACUGGUGUAAAAAUAUUGUGUUUAAAUUCUGAACCAUUUUAACCAUACUGCUUUCCAUCACGACGAUUACUGUGGUGCUGUCCCAUUUCCCAGAUCUCUUGCUAACUUGCUUCUUGUUGGUGUCUGUGUGUUUUCCUCUCAGCGUUGAUAUUCUACACACAGUGGCCAUCUGGCAGAAGAACUUUAAGAGAAUUGUAAGUAUAGAAAUUGGAAGAUCAGGAGCUGGUGGGCAAUAUGGGGAAGAACAUUGUUCAGUGGGAGUUUUGCAGGGAGAAAUUUGGGGCAGACAAUUUGCCAGGGAGAAAGGGGGCAAAAUAAUAGGCAGUGGUAAAGGGAGGGCCACUCUUUGCAUAAUGAAGUUAAAAGUCCAUUUAAAAGUCAAUUUGCUUAUCUUGGGAAGACUCCUUAACAUUUUGCCACAUCCAUGAAUUCCACUAAGAAAGCAAUUCUUUCUCAGCUUAAGCCCCCACCCCUUACCACCUUUGGGGACAACAAUCUUACAAGGUUGUUGUAGGAAUUACUGAGGCAAAUUGUGCCCAGCACUUUGAGCAUUCUGAUUGUGUUUGGCCAGAGCAGCAUACACCAGUCUCACCUGCCUUAAUAUUCCAGAGUUAUGCCAACACAAAGACUCGUGCGGAGAUGCGUGGUGGCGGCAGAAAACCCUGGGCACAGAAGGGCAGCGGACGGGCCCGGCAUGGCAGUAUCCGGUCACCUUUGUGGCGUGGUGGUGCGUGAUGAUCUCUCUCUCCAUCUCAAACCACUGUGCGAUAUGUCAUCUCUGUAAGCCUUGGAGACACUAGUAGCUGUUCCCUUUGUGGCUGGGAUGCAGAUACCCAAAACAUUGCUGUGUCAACAGAGCCCAAACACUGUCCCUUCAGAAGGCUGUUAGUGUGCAGCCAAGAUAAUAAUAAUAAUAAUAAUAAUAAUAAUAAUAAUAAUUUUUAUUUAUACCCCGCCCUCCCCAGCCAAGGCUGGGCUCAGGGCGGCUAAAAAGCAAUAAUAAAAACAAGUUGAGUGAAUAUAACUUAAAAACAAGAUUAAAAGACAACAUUAAAAUAUUGAAACAUUAAAAUAUUAAAAUGCAGCCUCAUCACAGGAGGAGAAAGGAAAAAGAAAGAGGGGGAGGGAAUCAAAUUGGCUCCAAGCCAAAGGCCAGGCGGAACAACUCUGCCUUACAGGCCCUGCGGAAAGAAAUCAGAUCCUGCAGGGCCCUGGUCUCAUGAGGCAGAGCAUUCCACCAGGCCGGAGCCAGUGUUGAAAAGGCCCUGACUCUGGUUGAAGCUAAUCUAACUUCCUUAGGGCCCGGGACCACUAGGGUGUUGCUAUUUAUGGACCUUGAGGGUCUCCGUGGGGCAGACCAGGAGAGGCGGUCCCGUAGGUACGAGGGUCCUAGGCCGUGAAGGGCUUUAAAGGUCAAAAGCAGCACCUUAAAUCUGACCCUGUACUCCACUGGGAGCCAGUGCAGCUGGAAAAGCACUGGGUGAAUUUGCUCCCAUGGCAGAGACCAUGUGAGGAGCCUCGCUGCAGCAUUCUGCACCCACUGGACUUUCUGGGACAGCUUCAAGGGCAGCCCCGUGUAGAGCAAACUACAGUAGUCAAGCCUGGACGUGACCGUUGAAUGGAUCACUGUGGCCAGGUCGGGGCUGGAAAGGUAAGGGACCAACUGCUUGAUGCGGCGAAGGUGGAAAAAUGUCGCCUUGGCUGUUGCUGUAACCUGCGCCUCCAUGGAAAGGGAGGUGUCAAGGAUUACACCCAAACUCUUUAACGGAAGGCAAUGGCACUAAUUGGGCCCCCGCAAGAGAAGGGAGUUGGUCCCUCAUCCCCAUGCCAUCCCGACCCAGCCAUAGGACUGCUGUCUUCGAAGGAUAUAGUUUCAAUCGGCUCCCACGAAACCAUCCAGCCACAGCUUCCAAGCAUCUGGUCAGUGUGUAAGGGGCCGAGUCGGUGUGGCCAUCCAUCAGCAGAUAGAGCUGAGUGUCAUCAGCACAUUGGUGACAACCCAGCCCAAAGCUCCGGGCAAGGGGGCACAUAAAGAUGUUAAAAAGCAUCAGGGAGAGGAUUGCGCCCUGUGGCACUCCACACACCAAGGAGUGGCGCGACAACAUUUCCCUCCCUAGUGCCACCCUCUGUCCCCGACCAGAGAUAAAAGAGCACAGCCAUUUAUGGGCUAUGCCCUGUAUCCCCACGUCGGCGAGACGGUGGUCCAGAAGAUCAUGAUCGACCAAGUCAAAGGCUGCUGACAAAUCUAAAAGGAUCAGCAGUCCUGACCUCAAUCCAGUUGUCUACAGAGAUCAUCUGUUAGGGCAACCAGAGCUGUCUCGGUCCCGAAACCAGGACGGAACCCGGACUGAAAUGUAUCUAAAGCCGAUGUUUCCUCCAGAAACCUACCAAGCUGUUCAGCAACCGCUCUCUCAAUUACCUAACCCAGGUAUGGAAGAUUUGAAACUGGGCAGUAAUUGGAUAGGUCUAAAGGAUCUAGUGAAGUUUUCUUUAAGAGCGGACACACCACUGCUUCCUUCAGUUCCCCUGGGAAUGUCCCCGUGCCAAGGGACAAAUUGAUAAUUUCAACCAGCGGGGUCCGCGCAGCAGCUGGACACGCUCUAAUCAGCCAAGACAGGCACGGAUCGAGGAGGCAGGUGGUGGGCCUACCAACUUAGAGGAAUCUAUCCACAUCAGCAGGGAGUAUCCGAUUGAAAUGGUCCAACACUGGACCCGAAGUCAGUCGAGGGGCCUCCAGUUUAGUCACUGUAUCUAAAUUAGCAGGGAGGUCACGGCGGAGCAACAGGACUUUCUCCGCAAAAAAAGCUCACGAAUGCCUCACAGCUGUGGGUCGAAUCUGGGCUUAAAUUUGGUUGUCCUCCUAAUUAUUCUAAAAAGUUGUGCCGGGCGAGAGCUAGCGGAUGCAAUGGAAGCUGCGAAGUAAGAUUUCUUAGCAGCUUUCAUAGCUAUCUCAUAGGCUUUCAUAAGUGUCCUAUAAGAUGUUCUUGAGGCUCCGUCACAAGUCCGUCGCCAUAUUUGCUCUAGCUGUCUGAGAUCCCGCUUCAUUUUCCGGAGCUCCUCAGUAAACCAAGGAGCCCGGUUUUGACGGGGUCGCAGAGGGUGCUUAGGCGCGAUCUCAUCGAUGGCUGCCAAGAGCCGGUUAUUCCAGUCCUCGACAAGGUCAUCUAAUGAGUCGCCAGGAGGAGCAGGGUCCCGCAAGGCCUGACGGAAUCCAUCAGGAUCCAUCAGCCUUCGCGGGCGAGCCCAGAUAGGCUCGCCACCCGAGCAGGGGAGGAGCGGGAAGUCAGUCUUGGCUUUCAGAGUGUAGUGAUCAGACCAUGGCACUUCCACAGAGGGGAGCAUGAUCUCAUCUAUGCCAGCACCAAAGAUCAGAUCCAGCGUGUGGCCUGCUUGAUGAGUGGGGCCCAAAAGAAACUGGGAGAGCCCUAGUGUUGCCAUGGAAGUCACUAGGUCCAGAGCCUGUGAGGAGGGAGCGGCAUCGGCAUGGACGUUGAAGUCUCCCAAAACCAGUAGGCUUGGGAACUCCAAGGCCCAGCCUGCCGCCACCUCCAGCAGGUCUGACAGGGUGGCUGCCGGUGCACUAGGUGGUCGGUACACCAGCCAGACAGCCAAGCUCUCCUUGGUGCCCCACACGAGACCAACAGAUUCAAUGCCGGAGAUCGCCGGUGCUGGCAGAGUUCUGAAAGAGCAAUCCUCCCAGAUUAACAAUGCUACUCCUCCCCCCCGACCCACAGUCCGCAAUUGAUGGAGGACAGAGAAACCUGGGGGUGUUAUCUCAUGUAGGGAGACUACUUCGCCUUCCCGUACCCAGGUCUCUGUCACGCAAGCCAGGUCAAUCCCCUGCGAGACAAAAAAGUCACGCAUGUUGGCGGUUUUGUUACCUAUGGACCUGGCAUUGCACAGCACCAAUGACGGAGGUGGGUAAUCCCUGCUUGCCCUACCCUCGUCCCUUGGGAUGGGGCGUAGAUUGGAAGGGGUUCGAGCAUCAUUGCAUCUCAAAACCCUUCGCCGAUAGUGAUAUCUAGCCCCACCGCCAUUCCUCCCUAGCCCUUCAAUAGUGGAAAUCCCAGACCCUAUACUACCUUCCCCAAUAGAGGGGUUACAUCCCCUCACUAACAAGUCAUCCCUGGACCAGGACUCCUGGGUCAAAAUGGUAUGGGGAAGAGGUGAAGUUUUGAUAGGGUAAGUAUCCCUAGAAGAUAAAACCCAACCAACCGCACCCCAAGCGGGGAGGGCAGUCCCAUGGUGUUUCGUUAACUGUCAAUCCCCCCUCCCUCCUGGAUUGAUUGGAUGAUGUGUUUAUUCCCACUAACGUCCCAUAGACCUCUCUGGCUCUUGCUUUUAGGUGGUGUUGCCUGUGGCCCUCGUGGUCCCACCAGCUACUACUACAUGAUCCCCAUGAAAAUGCGUGUCCUGGGACUCAAGGUGGCAUUGACAACCAAACUGGCACAGGUAUCACACAGCCACAAUUCUUUGUGAAUUCAAAGAGUUAUUACCAGUGUAAUAGGCUGUGACUGGUCGAAGGGUUGGCUCAUGGUUAUUUUUUUAAGGUCUGGAACUGGACUCUGUAGUUAUGUUUGUAUAUCUCUGUCUAGCAGUAGUCAUAUUACUUAGUAUUUAUAUAGUACUUACAGGGUUUCCAAACAACAUCAUCAUAGUAUAUUCUACAGCAGUUCUGUAACAGGGAAUCUGAAGAACCCAUUAGGUCUGUCCACCUGUUGCAGUGAGGGUGCAGGUUGCUUGCAGUCCUUUGCAGACGCAAUUGGGGUCACAGUAACCCAAUUUUUUGCACAGAAUAAUAACAGUCAUGAAGAGGAACAGUUGGGUUGCAAGGAUUUCUAACUAGGGAACAAAUCAGGUUUGUAAAAGCACUUCAUUAACCUGUGGGGGUAUUAUUGAUCCCUGAUAGUAGUGAGGCUAAUGAAAGUGAAUGAUUUGUUACUUUGGAAAUAGAGAAAUAUUGUGCUUUUUACCCUUUAUGCGCCUUUCUCCUAACAUAACAGAACAAGCAGGUUCUGGCUAGACACUAAGAAGAUCAAAAUAAUUUAAAUAGCAUUUCUGAGGUCAUUUUAAGCCCUACUACCUUAAUUGCAUUGUUUCCCCCCCCCUUUAUUUUUUCAUUCAUUCCAAUGAGUAGAAUUAACUAAAUUCUGUAAAAAAUAAAAACAUCAAUUUUUAGGACCCAUCACAACCCUGCAGUGGAGGCUCUCACCUUGUUAUGGUUGAGGAAUACCUGGAGCAUGAAGUUGGGAAAGACUGGCACAAAUAUAUAUAUAUAUAUAUAUAUAUAUAUAUAUUUAAAAUAGUGUUGUCAUGUUAUUUUUGCCCCUACCUGUUUACAUGUGGCUAAAGAAACCCCUGGCUAUAUGGAAUGCUCUCUGCUUAAUGCACAUUUAUUUUAAUUAGUCCAUAAUCACAGAGGAGAUGUGUGGAAAUUUGAUUAUUUAAUUCAGAAUCCUUCCAAAAAGCAUCCCAUGUGCUGGCAAGAAAAUAUGAUGGUCUGUGGAGAAAAGCAGUUGCGGGCCUCAGUAUAGCAGUGUUUAAAAACCAGUGACCUGGCCAACAGCACUAGAUUCUGAUAUUCCUGGUUCUGGCAGCCUCUCCCCACAUUGCCCAUGUGAAGCCUGCAUGCUGUGCUCUUGCCCUUUUUGUGUGCUCCCAUUUCCAACAGUGACCAGCUGCUGUGGCUUCCCUCCCUGCCAGUGAUUCACUGUCAGCCUUCUGUCUCCAUGCUUGCUCUUGUGAGCUGCUGCUGAGAACUUCAGUCUGAGUUUGGGUUUUUUGUCUUUUUAAAUAGAACCCUUCCCCUUGCCACUGCUUUUACUGACAAACAAAAAUGCCUGUAGGCUAAGGCACCACUGCUCAUCUGCUGCAGCAGAAAAAUUCUCUCUCCCCUACAAAGGGCUGCCUGAGUUGGCAGCUGUUAUUGUUGCUGCUUUGUAGUUGUUGCUAAUGUUUUAUACAGAGUGGUCAAUGUGCAUGUAGCCUUACUGACUAGCGUAAGCAGAAAUGACAGAUCCCUGCAACUGAGGUUUCAUGUAAUUGGGCUUUGUUCUAGUUCAGAAUGAAUAAUUUGAAGGGUUAAGCCAAAGGAUUUGAGGAAAGCUUUAGUUCUGCUGUCUUUUCCUUGAGUCAGACCACUGGCCCAUCAAGUUGCUUUUUGUCUACUCAAAGUGGCAGUAGCUCUGCACCACUCAGACAGUGUUUCUUCCAGCUCUGACAUCCUUUUAACAGGGUGGGGAAGGGGGUGUGAACCUGCAACCUUCUGCAUGCAAGGCAUGUGCUCUGUCACUGAGCUACAAACACUUGUUUGGGAUUUUCAGGAAAGGCUUUUGUGACACCUCACAGGUGCCCUGGAAGAGAGCUGCAGACAUAAGAAACACCAUGGGAGAAGUAGCUUAGCAGGCAGGCUUCUGUUCAUUUCCUUCGGCUCUUUUCUUCUCUCUUUGCCUGCAGGAUAAUCUGCGUGUUGUAGACUCUCUAGAUAUGCCAACUUCUGACCCACAGUAUCUGAUGGACCUGGCUCGCUACAGACACUGGGGAGAAUCAGUGCUGAUUGUCGAUGUGUGAGUUUUGCUUCUUCAGGUUCUGUUUGGGGGGUGGCUGAGGAUACAGCCUGUCACUGGGGUCAGAGCUUUAGAGACACUCAUGUGGUUUUGGAGGAUGUUGGUUUGACCAAAGGUUGCUGCUGUCUUGAGCCACGGGAACACUUUCAGAAAUGGCCCAAGUGUUUGUGACAACUUUUAUCCAGGCCAUUGGUUUUCAAACUGAAAAACCCUAGAGUUCAGCAGAACCUUUUUCAGGGGUCCAGAAUAAAAAGAUCAGUAGUGUCCCAACAAGUUGCUUUGAAGUACCCACCACUACUGAUCUCUUGAACUGUGCAGUCACAUUCAGUGUUUGGUUCACGCAGGGUGAGAGUAAGAUCCAUCAGGCCCGGCCCCUGGGAACCUGCUUUGUUCUCUAAAGUAUGCCUUGGGAUGCUCCAUGGUGCAUUCCAGUGACCGUGAGGUUGAGAUGGAGAAGGUUUCCAACCAAGGUGGAAGAUGGUUUUUUGGUCAUGUAAAACAAGAAAAAUAGCAUUAGCUUCAGUCAUGUGACUGGGUACUGGAGCUUUAUGGAUUUAGGUAGCUUUUAUGUGUCAGAAUGUGUCUCUACAUAAAAUGGCUCAAGUUUCAACCGUGUCCCUUGUGAUUUCAUCCAAGUUUGAAAUGCCCUUCAUCAUAAAUGUCGCACGCUUGUUUAGGUGUGCAAGAACAUGUCUGUUGUAAAGGUUGGAAAUUAGGCACUUUGAUUGUUGUUGUUUAGUUGUAUCCGACUUUUCGUGACCCAUGGACCAGAGCACCCCUGUCUUCCACUGCCUCUUGCAGUUUGGUCAAACUCAUAUUAGGCACUUUUUUAUUUGGGCACAAUUACCUUAAGCUGAGUGGGAUGCUGGUGGCGCUGUGGUCUAAACCACAGAGCCUAGGGCUUGCCGAUCAGAAGGUCAGCGGUUCGAAUCCCCGCGACGGGGUGAGCUCCCGUUGCUUGGUCCCUGCUUCUGCCAACCUAGCAGUUCAAAAGCACGUCAAAGUGCAAGUAGAUAAAUUGGUACAGCUCCAGCAGGAAGGUAAACGGUGUUUCUGUGCGCUGCUCUGGUUCGCCAGAAGCGGCUUAGUCAUGUUGGCCACAUGACCCGGAAGGUGUACACCGGCUCCCUUGGCCAAUAAUGCAAGAUGAGUGCCGCAACCCCAGAGUCGUUUGCAACGACCUAACGGUCGGGGUCCCUUUACCUUUACCUUAAACUGCUGUGUUAACAGUAGAGGGCCCUGAAACCUGAAGCCCUCGUUGAAGUCCAUUUGUUGGGCUUGUUUUUCAUUGUGCCUCUGGGUUGGAUUCUUCUUCUUUUUAUAAUAAGUUUUUAUUGUUAAAAUAGUUCAUCAUUAAUACACAUAUAUUACAGAUACACAAGCCUACAAACAUACAUUUCAUACAAUCCUUAAAAGUGUUCAAACAUACUUACACUCAAUCCCACAAAUAAUUCCCAUACAGAGUAUUCUUCUGACCAAAAUUCAUGCAAACAACUUUCAUAUUGAAACAUCAUAGAGACUUGCAAUGCUUUAAGCAGCCUUUCCCAAGCUGGUGCCCUCCAGAUGAUGUUGGACUCCAACUCCCACCAGCCCAGGCAGCAUAGGCAUAGUCAGGGAUGAUGGGAAUUGGAGUCCAUAAUAUCCAGAGGGCAGCCGUUUGGCAAAGGUUGCCUUACAGACUGACUUAAAGACUUAACAGAUUUAUUGUCUGCAAAGUGCGCUUUAGCCUGCAACAUCUAUAAGACAUUAAUUUCUUAAGGCAGUAUAGCAAUAUUUUCUAUUUUGUGGCAACACAGUUUCAUGGCAAACAUUUUGGAACAGUUGUAAUCUUUGUGAGGCUUCCGAACCAGAGCGACUCUUCAAGCCCCUUUUGCUAAUCAAGUUUUUGAGCAAUGAGCCUCUAGUGCAGACUCCAGCAGGGACAGGAGAUAGGUACGGAGGGAGGCAAAUGAGGACCCCCCCCUCCCGGUCACUGCAUACCGCCCAGCCAAAAUGUAAAGGGGAAUGACUAGUAUUUUGUACCCAACAAAUCCUGGACCUGAACCUGCAAAACAUUUUCCCUUUCUGGCUUCCAGCAAUGACUUACCUGAGAACAUCAAAGCUGCAACGAGAGGCCUUAAAACCAUCACAGUCCUACCAGCCGUAGGUGAGUGGGGUUGGGGAGAAUGGGCAGGGCCUUCUGCAGAAUGACUCACUGCAUACUUAGUCUGGGUGGAGUAGGAUGCUGAGGCAGUUGCAGGCAAGCAUCCCACCCAGUCUCUAAUUCUUCAUACAGCACAGCAGUUUCAAUGCACAAAACAUCUAUCCAUAUCUGUCUAUUGAUAUUCUUUACUUCAUCCUUUACUGCUUAUGACUAUUGGCCUUACACUGUAGUUUAAACAAGAAACAAAGUAUAGUAAAGUGCGUGCACACACAGGACAAAGGCAUAUUCUUAAGCAAGUUCUUGAGUUAAUUGGUCAGCUUUAUAGUUAACAGUCUGAGGAUAUUUACUAUGACUUGUGCUAACAUUGACAGUGAAUAAUGUAGCCAAUAUAUCCAUAUCUGACUGUAGAGCACCAGUGAUUGCAUAACAAGGCCAGUUCCUAUAAGGGCUCAAAUGCAAUAAAUGAAAAGAAAAACACCCCAGGCUGUCCACCUGGAGAUGCUGGGGAUGGAACCUCGGAUCUUCUGGAUGGAAGGCAGCACUAUGACAUUUCCCCUCACUGGCCCCCCUUCCUGUCUCUUGCAUCCAAGCUAGUCUUCUUGUCAUGUCUUGCCAUUGCUACCCUUCUGCUCUUUGGGCCCAGGUCUCAUUAGAGAUACAGCCUGACUCCUGUGUCUUUUUUCCUCACAGGUCUCAAUGUGCACAGUAUGCUGAAGUACGAGACCCUAGUGCUGACCCUGGAUACAGUUGCCUUCCUGGAAGAGAAGCUGCUGUGGCAUGACUCGCGAUACAGGCUGCUCUACCCUUUGCAGUUGCCCUAUAGCGACUUCCCAUAACCUUUAUGGCGAAGGUGGACUGAACAGCUGUGAGCUGGACACCUCUCACUCCUUGCAUCCUUGGAAGAGUUUUUCCCCACCUAACAUGAACAUUAAAGCUAACUUGUCUUCCCAAGUUGCAGCCUGC